GAAGGUAACACUUCCGUUUCGAACGACGCUCAACGAGAAACAUUCCGAUAUUAAUCUCCGAAACGAAACAUGUUUGUUUGCUGAUGAGACUUGGUAUGAAUACCGAGCAAUAGUCAUGGCAUCUGGAACUUCAAAAUACGGUGAAAAUGGAGGGAAUGAGGACAGAGACAGUGAGAAUAGUUCAGAAUCUGAAGAACACGACAGAAACACAAAUCAACGAGUUCAUGAAAGGGAAAAGAAGCCAGCAAAAACAGAUGCCACAACAGACGACGAGAAAAAAGAAGCUACAUUUAGUUUGACUGACCCUGAAGCCUUGCUGGAACAGUUAGAAAGUGUUGAACUGACCGAGGAAGAUACCGAGGAACUAUUACACGAAGCUUACAAAGUAAACAUGAAAUUGAAAGAGAUGCUUCGUAGGCAAGAAGCAAAACGUCGUGACAGACUUUCAAGCGCAAAAUCUGCAUACAGUACUGCAUCGAACUCAAGAAAACAUCCAGGACCUUCUGUCCUCCCACCUAUUACCAAGAAAAGCUCAGCAAGUGAUUCUAAGAGGAGAGGUGAUUCAUCAAAGAAACCUAGACAUCCCAGUUCAACAAGUAAAAGCGCCAAAGAAAAGCCAAUCUGGGAUGACCGGUUCUCCUUCAGUUGAACUUACCAACAGGACUUGCACAUCUGUGAUAGAAAAAUAAUACCUGUUGUUGUGAACUAGAUAUCACUGUGACAUUGCAAAGCAUCAUCUAUACGGAUGCCCCACUUCACAUCUUCACUGUGUGCUGCUAAUCAGUGUUGUAGAUGUGCAUUAAAACAAGCUUUUAUUUCUGAUGUGAUAACACUGAUCUUUUCCUAUGUGCCCAACUAUAUUUGAUAUAAGAAGCUAGGCUGCAAGAUAGGCAACAAAUCCGGCAUCAGAUUUCAAAAUAGUUCAUCUUAAAUUUUGUGUAAAAGGCACUCUGAAAUGUCUCAGGAUGGGUGUUUUACUACUCGCAAAUAUCUUUUAGACGUUGGGCAGUGUUAAAACCCUUUUAACCCAUUAACAGACCAGAAGCAUUUCAGAUGCCACACUUCACUGUGUGCUGCUUAUCAGUGUUGUAGAUAUGCAUUAAAACAAGCUUUUAUAUCUGAUGUGAUAACACUGAUCUUUUCCUAUGUGCCCAACUAUAUUUGAUAUAAGAAGCUAGGCUGCAAGAUAGGCAACAAAUCCGGCAUCAGAUUUCAAAAUAGUUCAUCUUAAAUUUUGUGUAAAAGGCACUCUGAAAUGUCUCAGGAUGGGUGUUUUACUACUCGCAAAUUUCUUUUAGACGUUGGGCAGUGUUAAAACCCUUUUAACCCAUUAACAGACCAGAAGCAUUUCAGAUGCCACACUUCACUGUGUGCUGCUUAUCAGUGUUGUAGAUAUGCAUUAAAACAAGCUUUUAUAUCUGAUGUGAUAACACUGAUCUUUUCCUAUGUGCCCAACUAUAUUUGAUAUAAGAAGCUAGGCUGCAAGAUAGGCAAUAAACCCGGCAUCAGAUUUCAAAAUAGUACAUCUUAACUUUUGUGUAAAAGGCACUCUGAAAUGUCUCAGGAUGGGUGUUUUACUACUCGCAAAUAUCUUUUAGACGUUGGGCAGUGUUAAAACCCUUCUAACCCAUUAACAGACCUGCAGAUUUCAGAAGCAUUGAAUUGAAUUUAUAAUAUGCUAUUCAUAGGACUCUUUUUUUAUUGUUUUUGCGAUAAAUGUUGUGUUAGAUUCUGAUUUAAGUCUAAAUCAUAUGUUCAGUUUGUUUUAUGAACUACAGUCAAAUGUAAUACUGAGAAGAUAUACUUCUAUAUAAGAGUUGCCUCCCUUAGAUGUGUAAGGUGAGUGUCAGUAUGUCACCCUGGGCUGUUCUGCCAAAUAAGGCUGACAGUGUAUGAAAUUGUGAAAGCAUUGCUCAACACCAACUCCCUUUUACCUGAAAACAAAGUAUGCCUUUGGUCACAGGGGCUUGUGACACAAAAAUAGCAGCUACAAGAUAUAUUGUCACACCCAGUGUCAGUAUACUUUAUAAAAGGAUAAAAGGAUCAUUUGAUAUAGUAUACUGACACUGGGUGUGACCAUAUAUCUUGUAGCUGAAAGUUGUUGUACAAGCCCCUGUGUCUUUGGUCUCAUUCAUCACUCCAUGAUAAUAUGUAAAAUAUUUCCUGCAUCUACAACAAUGAUGAAAAAGAUAAAACAUUUCCUUAUUCUUAAACAUGUUGUAGGUUAGUCAUGUGUUUGCCUAAAAAAAUCGUUGUUUUUUGUCACAUUUUAACAUGAACUUCACAUGAAUGAUUGAAAUUGAGUUUUCUUCAUGGAUCGCAUGCAUCCAUACUAUUGCCCAUGUCAUUCUUUCAUUCCCAAUAUUGUUAUAGCAAAGCAAUAUGAAAUUAACUGUAUAAUUGUUUUAGAAAUAUAUGGUUCUCUGAAUCAGGAAUUCCACAGUUGCUUUUGUCCCUCUCAGUACUGAGCCGACUCUGUUUAUUCCUUUUGCCUGUAUAGUAAUUGCAACUGAAGUAUGUCUUUCUCUCUGUGGUCCUUCCGAUAAGGGACGGACAGUUUGAUAUUCUGGGGCCUCCGAUUUUAUAUCGAGUUCAGAUAUUUUUUCAGCUUCAUCUAUAAAACCAGAUGUUAUUUUAUUUAAAACUACGAGCCUGAUUUUCGUGAAAAAAAACAAAACCUUGCAUCAAUGUAAUUUUGUGGAAUGUUUUCUCAACAGUCUCAAACAUAAUUAAAAAAAAUUUGGGAUAAAAUAUCAGACCCCUGAAAUGGUCAGUCCCCUAAGUGUUCAUAUUAUUAAUAAUUAAUAUCAGAUCCUGUACUACAAUUUGAUACCUCUUUCUGUAAAUGUCUCUCAUGUCUAGUAAACCUUCUCAUCAGUUAGUCAACAAGGAGGCAUCUAAGCUCUUGGUACAGGUGAGCAUGGUGAGAGAACACGGAGCAGCAUAUCAGAUAUCUGUAAGCCAAAAUUAACACAAAUGGGCAGUUCUGAAUGGAGAAUAUAGAUGGUUGGGUGUGGAGAGGGGAAUUCAAAUAUCUGAUUUCAAUAAGAUUUUAUUUGUGAUAGAUAUGUAAAUAUGUUCUCACCAAAUACAUAUGUAGAUCCCCGUAUUAAGAACAGUUUUUUAUGUACUAUCAGUAUUAUAACUUAUUGUAUGUGUGUUGAACAAUGCUGUUUGUAAAUAGAUACUAUUGUUAUUACAUUGACAUAUAUACAGUAAACUAUGGUUAUAACAAACUCAAAGGGACCACUAAUUUUAGUUUGUUAUAACUGUUGUUCAUUAUAAGCAUACAUACAGCAUAUAUUCAGCAAAGUCUGGGACCAAAAAACAGAGUUUGUUACAUCCGUCAGUUUGUUAUAAGCAUGUUCGUUAUAAACAUAGUUUACUGUAUUCCAUUAUAGUUCUACCAGUACAACACAGGUUAAAUAUGUUAUUGCAAUUAUAACAUAGACAUUAUCAUGAUGACAAGAAAUGGUAGCAUUCAGGAAAUAACUUUAUCUUUAUUAAACACCGAGAUGAAUUCUUGUAAUUGUUUUGAAAAAAAUGAUGCAAUUGUUGGUAUUGUCAGAUAUGUUUCUGAAACAAAUAAAUGAAACAUUAUUGACCACGCUGUAAACUAAAACCCUUUGGCAUUCAUAGAAUAUUUUUGGAUUACAAAAAUUACAUGCAUAUUUGGCCUACAUGGGACCAAAUAGAUUUCUGAAUCCUUGAAGUUAUAAUAGUAUGUUUGUAUGUCAUGUGUGAAUUCACAUACAGAAUUCAGCUGUAAUGUUCAUGUUUAGUAUUGGUUACAUCCAUCUUCCUGAGACGAGGGCAAUAACGGACUAUAAAAGUCCAGUUUCCACCCUUGCCAAACUAAGCUGUAAUUCAGGAGUUACAUUAUGGUUGGACUAAUGAGUCUAUGCACAGUCCAAUCAAAAUCGUGUAAUGAACUAGACAUCCGGUUCAUAAACAACAUGGAUUUCAUUGCGCAGAUUUCAGUCGACUGAAGGAUUUGCAAAGCAUGUGUACCGUCAGCUGGGCGUCGACAUGUAUUUUGCAAAUCAUUUCAUGUUUUUAAUCAAGGUGCUCUAGUGGUUUGAUGCACUUCACGAGGCAAGGCCCGUUUUAUUACUAUAGAUCUUGAUUAUCCAUCAGAUCAUAUUGACUGGGAGCUGACAUUUUGUUUGAAGCAGUUGCAAAUGAUAUGAGAGGUGUAAUCUGAUUGGUCAAUAGGAGGGACAUAGAAGGGACAUAACUCAUAAUAGCCACAAGCGCUACGAUCAAGCCUGGAAAUUUCAGCCUAGUUCGACAAGGGUGGAAACUGGACUUUUAUAGUCAGUUAACUCCCUUGCCUCAGGAAGAUGGUUUACAUCUGGUUCAUUUAUUCUAUGCCAACCAAGUGGGUUAAAAUUUUAGAAUAUUGUACACUAACAUAUUCCAAAUAAAUAGUUUGCAUGUGUCAUGUGAGAGGUUAUCACCUUUAUAGCAUGUCAAAGAAACACCCUCAGGUCACCUUCACAGGAUGCUGAGAAGGGCCACUUAGCCAUAACUUUCUAGGUUAUAUUGUGUUCUGAAAAUUCUCUAAAUAAAAACAUUGCAAAAGUCAACAGUGAGAUUGAAUUUGUGGAAUGAUGGCCAACGAAAGGCCCUUUUUUUGGUCAAUUAGUCAUUGUCAAAAUAAGGUUUUCAAUGUUGAAAAGCAGCCCAAAUGUUCCCGAAUUCAAUUGACAUGCCUGUACAGGCACUGGAUAUUAAAAUAGUAAAUCACC